UAACUGUUUCCAUUUGGAUCUUUUAAUGUUAUUGAUUCAGGGGUCUCCAAUCGUUGAGACGAGCAGUUCGGGGAGAGGUGGCCGGAGUUACUUUCCGGCGUAUACUUUGACGUAAAUCUUAGCUACCGGAAGUUGAUGACCGUAUAAUGUCUUCGCCUUCUGUGAAUGCUUCGUCGCCGGACUCUCCACCUUCACCAAACGCUCCUCCACCGUCAGACUCAUCAUCUUCACCAACUCCAUCAUCAUCGCCAUCACCACCCUCAAAGUCACCGCCACCGCCACCCUCACAGUCACCGCCAUCUACCCCACCACCCCAGGCCUCUCCACCAUCUCCGUCAAGAGGUAAUUCAUCAUCUUCACCACCGCCACCACCCUCUUCCAAUAAUGGCUCUCCUCCGCCACCCCCAAAAAACGGUUCAGCUUCCCCACCAUCCAAUCACGUGUCGCCACCUCCACCCCCCCAUUCUUCCUCCAGUAGAUCACCUCCGCCCCCUCCACACAAAGUCUCACCCCCACCCCCAUCGACGGGUUCUGAUAGCUCAACGUCUAGUUCAUCGGACUCUAAUAACAACGCGCUGAUAAUAGGAGUUACAGUUGGGGUAGGGUUGUUUCUACUUGCUACGAUCAUCAUUUGUUCAAUCUGCUUUGGGAGGAAGAAGAGAAAGCGUGGCCCUAUGCAGAUGCAUUACUAUGGAGAUCCUUCACAAAAAGGAAGUGAAUACUACAAAAGUUCAUCUCACUGGCAACAUGGCUCCCAAGGACCGGACCAUGUUGUCAGGCUACCCGCACCGCCAGGCGCGGCGGGAUCACCUGGUGCCGGAUCCUGGGGUCCGCCUCCUCCAGGUCCCAUGAUGUCAAGUAGCGGUGAAAUGAGCUCCGGUUUCUCAGGCCCAUACAAACCCCCCUUGCCACCUCCCUCUCCAAAUAUGGCUCUUGGAUUCAACAAGAGCACUUUCAGUUAUGAGGAGCUAGCGGCUGCAACAGGCGGGUUUUCCCAGGCCAAUUUGUUGGGUCAGGGCGGGUUUGGUUAUGUUCACAAGGGAGUGUUGCCUAAUGGAAAGGAAGUUGCAGUUAAGAGCCUGAAGACGGGCAGCGGGCAAGGAGAGAGAGAAUUCCAGGCUGAGGUUGAAAUCAUUAGCCGUGUUCAUCAUCGACACCUUGUGUCACUCGUUGGAUAUUGUAUUGCUGGUGUGCAGAGGAUGUUGGUUUACGAAUUCGUUCCCAAUAAGACCUUGGAAUAUCACCUCCAUGGAAAGGGUAUUCCAGUCAUGGAUUGGUCAACUAGGCUUCGUAUUGCUACAGGAUCUGCCAAAGGCCUUGCAUACCUUCAUGAAGAUUGCCACCCUCGGAUCAUCCAUCGUGAUAUCAAGGCAGCUAACAUCCUCAUUGACUUCAACUUUGAAGCCAUGGUGGCUGAUUUUGGAUUGGCCAAGUUGUCUUCUGACAAUUACACUCAUGUCUCUACUCGUGUCAUGGGAACAUUCGGGUAUUUGGCUCCAGAGUAUGCAUCGAGUGGCAAGUUGACAGAUAAAUCUGAUGUUUUCUCGUAUGGUGUCAUGCUCUUGGAAUUAAUAACUGGGCGGCGACCUGUGGAUCCUUCAGGUGCAAUGGAAGAUAGCUUAGCAGAUUGGGCUCGACCAGUUCUAGCAAGUGCUUUGGAGGAAGGCAAAUAUGAUGAGCUGGUUGAUCCACGCUUGGAGGGCAAUUACAACCCUCAUGAGAUGGCAAGCAUGGUAGCUAGCGCUGCUGCCAGCAUUCGCCAUUCUGCUAGAAAGCGCCCCAGGAUGAGCCAGAUUGUACGUGCAUUGGAGGGAGACGUGUCGCUGGACGACUUGAACGAGGGGACGAAGCCUGGCCAGAGCUCCGUUUACGGCUCCAAUGGGAGCUCAGACUACGAUAACAAUGCAUAUAAUGCCGACAUGAAGAAAUUCAGAAAGAUGGCUCUGUCGAGCCAGGAAUAUGUGAGCAACGAGUACGGCACAUCCAGUAAUGAGUCCCGCGAGAUGGGCAAUAACUGAGAAAACCAAAAGCAGUACCUUUGAGUUGCCUCACUUCAAAAAAAACAAAUUAUAUAUAUACAUAUUUUAUCUGGUUAUUGUUUCUAAGUAAUUUGGGGAUAUGCGUUUUUGAGGUGAAAUUGGAAGAUCUUUCAUUAAUCAAUUUAUUUUUCGUUUUCUAAUAUGGAUAUGUACUACUAUGGCAUAUAUAUAUAGACAUCUACUAAGCAAUGGAGACAGAUCUAGCUUGUAUUGUUUUGUGAAU